AAACAAAGAUAAGGAGCAGAUUUAAAGAAAUGCAGAGUGAGUUGGUGUCAGUGAACAUGUCAGAGACAGAGCACAAAGACUCCAUAUCCUCCGACAAAAAUCCCGGGACAGCGCUGGAAAUGAAGGAAAAUGCAUGCAACUUUGCUGAUGGAGGCAACAACUUAGAAACUGAGCCCAACCUGUUGUCAUUAAAUUUGGAUAAGGCUUUAUGUCAGCAUACUGAGGACAGUGAUCAGACUAAAGCACAGGAAACUGGUAUUCCAGAUCAUGGUGGAGGUGAAGACUCUUGUGCUAAAACAGAAAUUUCUGUAAACCCAGAAAAUUCUGAACAAAGUACUGAUUUUCCUUGGGAAGAUUUUGCAAAACAAGUUUCAGAAACACAUGAAGUGGAACAGACAGUAACACAGAUACUGGCAGAAUUAAGGUCCUCUGCCUUAACAGAAGCUACUCAUCAAAAGGCUUACUCAGGAAGUCCCUAUGAUACAGACUGCACCAAGAAAUUUAUUUCAAAAAUAAACACUGUGUCAGCAUCAGAGAAUCUGUUGGAAGAAAUAGAAUCUGAGCUCUUAUCUAAGGAGUUUACCGAAGAACACCAAGUACCCAAUGGACUGAAUAAGGGCGAACUUGCUUUAGUGAUGUUUGAUAAGUGUGUGCAGGAUAAGUAUUUGCAGCAGGAGCAUACCAUAAAGAAGUUAAUUAAGGAAAAUAAGAAGCACCAGGAACUUAUCUUAGACAUUUGUUCAGAAAAAGAUAAUUUAAGAGAAGAAUUAAAAAAAAGAACAGAAACAGAGAAGCAGCAUAUGUGCACAAUUAAACAGCUAGAAUCAAGAAUAGAAGAACUUAAUAAAGAAGUUAAAGCUUCCAAAGAUAGACUUAUAGCUCAAGAUAUUGCAGCUAAAAAUGCAAUUCAGCAGUUACACAAAGAGAUGGCCCAUCGGAUGGAGCAGGCCAGCAAGAAAUGUGAAGAUGCUCGCCAGGAAAAGGAAGCCAUGGUGAUGAAGUACGUAAGGGGUGAGAAAGAAUCAUUAGACCUUCGAAAAGAAAAAGAGGUACUGGAGAGAAAACUGAGAGAUGCAAAUAAGGAAGCUGAGAAAAACAUUAACAAAAUUAAGCAGCUUUCUCAGGAGAAAGGACGGUUACACCAACUGUAUGAAUCAAAGGAAGGUGAAACUGCGAGACUUAUCAGAGAGAUGGACAAAUUAAAAGAAGAUAUCAGCUCUCAUAUCAUUAAAGUAAAAUGGGCACAGAACAAAUUAAAAGCAGAAAUGGAUUUACAUAAGGAAACCAAAGAUAAACUUAAAGAAACAACAACAAAGUUAACACAAGCCAAGGAAGAAGCAGAUCAGAUCCGAAAGAAUUGUCAGGAUAUGAUAAAAACAUAUCAGGAAUCAGAAGAAAUUAAAUCAAAUGAACUUGAUGCCAAGCUUCGAGUUACAAAAGGAGAACUAGAGAAGCAAAUGCAAGAAAAAUCAGACCAACUUGAGAUGCACCAUGCCAAAAUAAAGGAAUUAGAAGACCUGAAAAGGACAUUUAAGGAGGGCAUGGAUGAGCUGCGCACACUAAGGACCAAGGUGAAAUGUCUUGAAGAUGAACGGUUAAGAACAGAAGAUGAAUUAUCAAAAUACAGGGAAAUAAUUAACCGCCAAAAAGCUGAAAUACAGAAUUUAUUGGACAAAGUGAAAAUUGGGGAUCAGAUACAGGAACAGCAUCAAAGAGGUAAACAAGAAAUUGAAAAUUUGAAAGAAGAAAUGGAAAAUCUUAAUUCUUUGAUUAAUGACCUACAAAAAGACAUUGAAGGCAGUAGGAAAAGAGAAUCUGAGCUACUGCUGUUUACAGAAAAACUCACUAGUAAGAAUGCACAACUUCAGUCUGAAUCCAAUUCUUUACAAUCACAAUUUGAUAAACUUUCCUGUAGUGAAAGUCAGUUACAGAGCCAAUGUGAACAAAUGAAACAGACAAAUAUGAAUUUGGAAAACAAACUUUUGAAAGAGGAAGAACUGCGAAAAGAGGAAGUCCAGACUCUGCAAGCUGAACUCACUUGUAGGCAAACGGAAGUAAAAGCAUUGGGCAUCCAGGUAGAAGAAUUAAAAGAUGAGCUGGUCACUCAGAGACGGAAACAUGCCUCGAGCAUCAAGGAUCUUGCCAAACAACUCCAGCAAGCACGAAGAAAAUUGGAGCAGGUUGAGAAUGGAAACUGUGAUAAAGAAGGCAGCAGCAUGGGGAGUCGCUCUAGUUCAUCAGGGUCUCUUAAUGCUCGGAGCAGUACAGAAGACCGAUCUCCAGAAAACACUGGGUCCUCCGUCGCUGUGGACAGCUUUCCAGAAGUAGACAAGGCCAUGCUGAUUGAGAGGAUAGUCAGACUACAGAAAGCACAUGCCCGGAAAAAUGAGAAGAUAGAGUUUAUGGAGGACCACAUCAAACAGUUGGUUGAAGAAAUUAGGAAAAAAACUAAAAUAAUUCAGAGUUAUAUUUUACGGGAAGAAUCAGGCACACUAUCUUCGGAGGCAUCUGAUUUUAAUAAAGUGCACUUGAGCCGUCGGGGUGGCAUUAUGGCGUCGCUCUACACUUCCCACCCCACCGAUAGUGGCCUCACGCUGGAGCUCUCGCUGGAGAUUAACCGGAAGCUUCAGGCUGUUCUAGAGGACACGCUGCUGAAAAAUAUUACUCUGAAGGAAAAUCUACAGACACUUGGGACAGAAAUCGAACGUCUCAUCAAACACCAGCAUGAACUGGAGCAGAGGACCAAGCAGCCCUAGCUCGAGGCUCCAUGCUGAACCUCGCCCAGGACUCGGUGGCCUCAGCUUUGUGUCAGCCAAUAAAAAUGUCAUUAUGCUCAUCUGUACAAUAGUGUAUCCUUUUAGAAUAGGAAUAUAUUGCUUUGUGUACUGUACAGAUAAUAAGCUUUGAUGAAAUUUGAUUUUCUGUGGUGACUAUCAUUUAAUCCAAACCCCUUCCUUUGCUAAUAGUCCUCGGAAGUGCUGAGCAUUAGCCUCCAAGGCCUUGAGACUCCUUUUCCAGGAUUCUUCCCUUCCAAAUAUUUGCUGUCAAAAUGGAUCCAGCUUUUUAAAAUGAUGCAUGAUCAGGCAGUGUUAUUCAUUCCGUUAUACACUCUCUUUCCAACAUGAAAAAAAAAUUACAGAAGUGAUAAAAGAUUUUGUUUUGUCA